CCAAAAAAAUCCCUUUUUUUUUUCUUGAGAGAGAGAGAGAGAGGGAGACAACUUUGUUGUGGAUAAAGACAUUCAUUUCUAUUUUGUCUGCAAAAUUCUCACGGGCGAUCGGAGAGAGGAGACAGAGGUGGUGCACAAGAAUCCUUCCCCAAUCCUACACAAGACUUGGUAGAGGGAAAGUCGAAGUGGAAUGGGAAGAGAAGUUGUUGAGGUGCUUAUGGACCGAAAUGCCGAUGUUUCAAGCGGUAGAGUUCACGUUGCUCCGAAGAUAGCAGCUGAGGAGUCUGAGGAGGAAUUUGAAGUCAAGGAAUGCACCGAGGAGGAUUCUCUUUCCGAGAAUGCACCAAAAGUAGAAUCUGCUGAGAGAAUCGGAGCUCAAAAGUCUCCUAAAACCCGUAAUGGAACUGCUAAAGUUUCAAAGCACGAUGCUCCACUUCUUGCUGUGAGAAAGCCAUUGCAACCCGAGAACAAGAAGCAUAUCGAUGACGAUGAUAAUUGCUCAAUCGCUUCUUCUGUGGCAACUUCCAUGAGGAUGGGUAAGUCCGGAGUGACUCACGGAAGUGCUCCAACGUUCAGGAGUGCCCAACGUGCUGAGAAACGCAGAGAGUAUUACCAAAAGCUCGAAGAAAAAAACCAAGCGCUUGAAGCCGAAAGGAACGAGCUUGAACAAAGGCAAAAGGAAGAACAAGAAGCAGCCUUGAAACAACUUAGAAAGAAUCUCAAAUUUAAGGCUAAACCCGUUCCCAACUUCUACUACGAGGCGCCUCCUGCAAAACCCGAGCUUAAGAAGCUUCCUUUGACCCGUCCCAAGUCGCCAAAACUCAUCCUUUCUCGGAGAAAAAGCUUCAGCGACGCAAUCAGCUCAUCAUCCCGUGAAGAGAUUCUGAAGACAGCCUCUAACCGGAACCGACAUAGCACCGGAACAGUUCAGAACAAAAACACCAAUGCUGUGCACGACAGUCCUCGUUUCAGAUCUGGCAAGGGUAAAAAUGGAUUGAAACCAGUUAACGAGUCCUUGGAAGAAGCUUGUGAGGCUUGAAAAUGAUGAUGAAUGAGGCUUUACUCAGAGUUGGUCUGUGUUUUACUCUCAAACUAACUUUGAUCUUCUUACCGGAGAAAAUCUUCUUAAAUCAAAACAGAAACCCUUUGUUUGUUUCA